GGAUCCUAAUUUCAACAACGAUUCGCCCGCUUCGCUUUGCUCCCGCGCUGAUGCUUCUUCAUCCUCCCUUGCCGCCCCCGCCGCCAAGAAACCCUAGAAAUCAAUUCCAUCUUCAACGAAGCAUCCAUUUUCCGCACUAUGUUUUGCCUGAGCUUGUUGGAGCACAGCCUGCCAGUGCCUCCGCACUUGCUCAACCGUCCUCUUGCCGACGCGAUCAAGGGAGAGCUUGAGAGAUUGUUCUUGGACAAGGUCAUCUCGAAUUUGGGGCUCUGCAUCUCAGUCUAUGACAUUCGAUCCAUUGAUGGUGGCUUCAUUGUCCCAGGCGAUGGCUCUGCAACGUAUAAGGUCGUGUUUAGAUUGGUUAUGUUUCAGCCAUUUGUUGGAGAGAUACUCAGUGGAAAGAUUGAAAGAUCUGAUGCUACUGGCUUACAUGUGUCUUUGGGUUUCUUUAGUGACAUCUUCAUCCCUGCGCAUCUGAUUGUACAACCUUCUGAACUGGAAGCAGAUGGCAUAUGGGUUUGGAAAUAUGAUGGAUCAGAAUUACCGUUGGAUUUGAAUGAGGAGAUACAUUUUCAGGUGACAAAUAUCAAAUAUCCUUCCAUUCCUGCCGAACAAGAUGAGAAUGCAAAGCCAUUUUCCCCUAUGGAGAUAGUUGUAAGUUUUCCUUGCAUUAUUACAUCAAAAAUUCUUUCUUUUUGCCAAUCUCUAACUUAUCUGGCAUCAAUCGGCAGGGCACCAUCAAUGGGGAUGGAUUAGGCCUUCUUUCUUGGUGGGCAGACUAGCUACAAGCCUGUAUUGCCCCCAAGCUCUCACUGUACUCAUUCUUCAUCUUCUGUUUUUUUUUUUUCUAAUUCACUGUAAAUUCAUGCCAAAUAUUUAUUACAGACCAUGAUACAAACUUAUAUUUCAAUACAUCAUAAAGAUUUCACAAGCUUUCAUGUUCCAUUUGCUUUUCAGCACAAGCUUAGAAACACCAGUCUGAAACAACUCAAAGUGACAGACCAGACUCCUCAUCCUCCUCAAGAGUGGAUGUGUACACAGUGUAAAGUGCCCAUAUAAGACCAAACACA